AUGGCAAGAUCAGGCUUCGUGGCGUUCUUGCUCCUUGCCAGCGUAGUUGCCACGUUGUCCGUCAGAGUCAGAUGGAAGGAUCCUGCGGGGGAGACAUUAGACUACCUGGCCGAUUGUGCUACCAAGCUGGCCGAUGAUUGCGGGGAAGACAUCUUCUUCAACAUAUUCACGAAGCAGAGAAAGAUCACCCCUGCAUGCUGUAAGAAGCUUGUGUCGAUGGGAAAACAGUGCCACGAGUCGAUGGUGGGCUUCAUUAUCUUAUCGCCCAGCUUCAGCAAGAAUGCCUCCAUCACCGUGCCCAGGAGCAAGAAAGUGUGGAAAAAGUGUGUCCUGUUGGCCAAAGAAGCCCUACCCUACCGUAAGGAGGCCUGGUUUUAUCGGAUUUAA